CCUCCUAUGGGCUACACUUGUUUCUGACCCUUGGACUGUACGCGUGUACUUGUUUCAUGACAGCCAACAUGGACGUCCACGGAGUAUCUCAUAGCGAUCGCAUGGAUUAUAACGACCUCGAUCACAUGGGGCCCAAACACGGCAAAAUGUUGCCCUGCCAGGAUGAUCGCUUGGACAGUGGUCUGGAAUCGUUGAAGGAAGACGAGCUGGUCAACGACUUGGAUCACUUGCGUGUGAGCGUAAGCGAAGUACGCCCAGUAAUUCCCGAGUACGAGCCUUGGAGAAGUGUCGUGACCGAGGACGGAGACACGCUUCUACACUUGGCCAUCAUUCAUGAAGCCUCUGACCAAGCCGAACAGAUGAUCAAACUGUCCCACAAUCACCCCUUCCUGAAUGUACAGAACAACCAAAGACAGACGGCACUCCACCUCGCCGUGAUCACAGACCAGCCCCAGUUGGUGGAACGACUCCUGAAAGCAGGCUGUGAUCCGCGGCUGGCUGACGACUCUGGCAACACGGCGUUGCACAUAGCCUGCAAGAAAGGCUCCCUCGCCUGUUUCGGCGUCAUCACCCAGACAAGUCAGCGCCACCUCAGCUCCAUCAUCUCCUUCCCCAACUACAGUGGACAUAACUGUCUUCAUGUCGCAUCGCUUCACGGUUACAUUUCAUUAGUGGAGAAUCUCGUCGGACUAGGUGCAGACAUCAAUGCACAGGAACAAUGCAGUGGCAAGACGGCACUCCAUCUGGCUGUGGAUGUCCAAAACCCAGCGCUGGUCCGUCGCCUCCUUGACCUCGGUGCUGACGUUAAUUGCCUCAACUAUGGCGGUUUCACACCGUACCAUCUCACAUAUGGAAGGCAAAAUGAAGAAAUACGAAGCCAGCUGUACGAGAAGACUGCGCAGGAGUUGAGGGCCUUGCCUGAAAGCGAAUCAGAUGAAAGCGAUAUGGAGGAUUUGGACUUUACGGAAGAUGAGUUAUACGAUGACAUCAAGUUUGGAAAGUAGAGUCCAACAAUUUCCCGCCAAUGCUGGCGUCAAAAGAGCUGCUACCGGGUCCCUGAACCAGGAACCAAAGAAAGGACAAAAACCUUCCCAGGAUGUCCACAAGGUGCUGGCCCGGGAAUCGCAAGAAGGAACACUGGGUGUGCUCUGGUCGAGUUUGAUGAUGAAAUGAGAACUCUGUGCCCAAAACACACAGCAAGACCAUGAAUGUCCCAUGUGUUCUCUCUGUAUAACUGUGUAAGGAUGAAAUGAUGUGAAUAUACCAGACUGGUCAUUUGUAAUAAAUUGUAAAUACAGAGAUAUUAUUUUUGUACCUGGAAAUAUGUUGUAAAAUGAAACACUAUACAUUAAAUGUGCAAAAUAAAAAGCUAUGAAGAAUGAA